CGGAGGAGCCGGAAGGAGACGCGCGGCGCCGGUUGGGCGAUAAAAUGGCGGCGGCGCCUGGGCGUCCCGGGGGCAGCACCGGCGACGGGGCGGCGGGAGGAGGAGAAGGAACCGCCGCCGCCGCCAGAGUCUGAUCGCCGGUUUCUCUGCGCCGGUUCCCGGGUGUUGCCGACCCUCCCCCGACGUAAGAGGCGGCAGGACAGGGCGAAUUAGAAUAAAGGAGCAAGAUGUCAGACGUAGGGAACAGCACAGAGGGGAAAACGAAUAUCCCUAACGGAAGCUUGUCCAGCAGCCCGGAAGAGACCUCCGGCACCACGGAGGGGCCCGAGACGUCUUCCGGGGUGGAGGUGGAGGCUUCUGACCUGAGCCUCAGUUUGACAGGCGACGAGAUGGGCCCCAGCCAGACUUACACAGAGAGCUCCACGGAAGAGAAGGACUCGGACAGCAUGGAGGAGACAGGCCACUACUCUGUCAACGAGCUGAAUCGGACCUACGACCGCUCUCCCUCGGAGGAGGAGGAAGAGGAGGAGGAGGCAGAGGAAGAAGAGGAAGAGCAGCAGCAGCAGGAGGAGGCGGAAGUGGAGGCCCAGCGUUCCCGCUGGCGAACACACCGCAAGCGCCCCAACCAGGACAGGGACUCCUCGGACGAUGAGCGGGCCCUGGAGGACUGGGUGGCCUCGGAGACGAUGGCGCUGCCCCUGCCACGCUGGCGAGCCCUCCAGGCACUGCGGCAGAGGGAGCUCGGUUCCAGCGCCCGCUUCAUCUACAACGCCUGCGGGGCCCGGCUGUUCGUGCAGCGCUUCUGCCUGCAGUACGGCCUGGAGGGCCACGGCGGCUGCGUCAACACCCUGCACUUCAACCAGCGUGGGGCCUGGCUGGCCAGCGGCAGCGACGACCUCAAGGUGGUGGUGUGGGACUGGGUGCGCAGGCGGCCCGUGCUGGAGUUUGAGAGCGGCCACAAGAGCAACGUCUUCCAGGCCAAGUUCCUCCCCAACAGUGGAGACUCGACCCUGGCCAUGUGUGCUCGGGAUGGCCAGGUCCGCGUAGCUGAACUCUCCGCCACGCAGUGUUGUAAGACCACGAAGCGGGUGGCCCAGCACAAGGGUGCAUCGCACAAGCUUGCCCUGGAACCGGAUUCCCCGUGCACUUUCCUCUCGGCAGGAGAAGACGCUGUGGUUUUCACCAUCGACCUGAGACAAGACCGACCGGCUUCGAAACUGGUUGUGACCAAGGAGAAGGACAAGAAGGUCGGCCUCUACACCAUUUACGUGAACCCAGGCAACACGCACCACUUUGCUGUGGGAGGCCGAGAUGAAUACGUCAGGAUCUACGACCAGCGGAAGAUUAAUGAAAAUGAGAACAAUGGGGUGUUGAAGAAGUUCUGCCCCCACCACCUGGUGAACAGCGAGUCGAAAGCCAACAUCACCUGCCUGGUCUACAGCCACAAUGGCUCAGAGCUUCUGGCCAGCUACAACGACGAGGACGUCUAUCUCUUCAAUGCUUCCCACAGUGAUGGAGCUGAAUACAUCAAGAGAUACAAGGGCCACCGCAACAACGCCACAGUGAAGGGGGUCAACUUCUACGGCCCCCAGAGCGAGUUUGUGGUGAGCGGCAGCGACUGCGGCCACAUCUUCCUGUGGGAAAAGGCCUCUUGCCAGGUGGUGCAGUUCAUGCAGGGUGACAAAGGGGGCGUGGUCAACUGCUUGGAGCCUCACCCCCACCUCCCGGUUCUGGCCACCAGCGGCUUGGAUUACGACGUGAAGAUCUGGGCCCCCACUGCGGAGAUGCCCACCCAGCUGACCGGCUUGAAGGAGGUGAUCAAGAAGAACAAGCGGGAGCGGGAUGAGGACAGUCUGAACCACGCAGACAUGUACGAGAGCCACCUGCUCUGGUUCCUCAUGCACCACUUCCGGCCUCGGCGGCGCCACAGGCGCCAACGGGAUCCGGGCACCGGAGUGGCCGACAGCGACUCUGAGGACUCCCUCAGCUCCUCGGACACCCUGGACGAAGACGAGGAGGGCCCGGACCGGGUGCAGUGCAUGCCUUCCUGAGUCCCCGGCGCCACGGAAUAGGCUGCGGAGAGCCUGCCCUCUGGAAUUAGGCCCCCUCUUCCUGCUUUAGAUGAGAGGCCCAGCCUCACCCUGCCUGCCAGCCCUGGCUAGCGGGGGGGUGGGGGGGCGGCUUGGCUCAGCCCCCGCCCUUGGACUCUCCCUCUCCCUUUCGGCCCCCGAUGAGUCCCGGGGCCCCGGAUUCCUCUUCCUGGCUGUGGUUGCCGCCUGUUCCCUGCGAAGCUUCUUUGGGGUGGGGGCUGAGAGUUGGCUUGGUUCCUCCUUUCUGGGUGGGGGGCUCCUCCAGAAGCACCUUGGAGAUGUACUUUCAUCUCAACACCACCACCCCCCAAAGACACCCGGCUGCUGCAUGUUGAGUCCAGGACGAGAAAACCUGGAUUCUGCUUUUUCAGUGAAGAUUUGGGAGUUUGUUCCCUCUGGGUUUGGUUCCCCCCCUCCUCUCCCCCCCCCUCGUUCUUUCUUUCUUUUGGUGUGUUUUUUUUCCAGCAGCUCUAGGCACAAAGGACCCCCUUCCCUCCCUGGGCUGCCUAGAGCUGCCUCUGCUGUGGAGGGCGGCCACUCGCUGAACAACAACUCGGAGCAUAAAGUUUGAAAGGUUUGACAGCCGACACGGCCGCCUUGUUUUUUCCCGUUCCUCUUCAGGAGAAUCUCUUGAUUUUCAAAGCAACUUUUCCCCCCACGAUUGCUGUUUAGAGGUCUAAUUUUAUAUGUAUUAAACGACAAGAACCAAAUUAAACUUGGAUGUUAUCAAGUUAAAA